AUGAGUGACCAAGCAAACUAUAGCGAUGCUCCAAAUAGCCCGGUCCAUCCAGAUCCUGAUCAAGAAGCCUCCAAUUUACCUGAAAGAAGUCUCCCAGGGAGUGUGCUUGAUCUUUUGGACUUGAAUCCAGAUCUAGAGGCUAAAACAGCGACAGAAUCAACCACAAGAAAUACAAAUGGUUUAGAGCAUACCAUUGACGAUCACCUUUAUGACAGACUGGAAGAUUUUCAACCAACAUUAGUUCCCUCGCCGCUCAAUCCUGUACAACCUCAUCUGGGGAGAAGGUUAUCCUCUUCACAACAAUCAAAAUUCAUAAAUUAUGCUGAUGAAAGGUUACUACACAUCCAAAGGAGAUUUGUUCAAUCCUUUGGACUAAGUGAACUGGGCUAUAGCUCAAUUGAUGAGCUUCUUAAUGAUGUUAAACAAUUGUUGAAUUUUGUCUGGCUUUCUAUUGAUUCCAACCCAACUAUUCAUGAUAAAGAGUAUUAUUCCACCUUACCUGACACCAACUUUGGCCAAACACACUUUUUAAUACGGAUAGCUGGUGACUUGGUGGAAUACGUGGGGAAAAUGGAAAUCACACAAGCUUCAGGUGUGGAAAUUUUAAAACUGUUGAAGUCGUUAGAUGAUAAAUUUGCAAGACUUAUAGAUGGAACAAUACCAGGUGGGAAAUCCAUAAAUAGAACGGAAAGUGUGAGGCUUUAUGGGAUUGCUGAAAGAACCAGGGUACUGGUUUCUGAUUUAUUUGAGAAGAAACAGAUUGAAGGAUUCCAUUACGAGUUGAGUAAAGUCUAUGAGCAGGUUCUAGAUAGAACUGCCUGAAAAUAAGCAACUUACAAGAGUCCACAAAUGUCAAUGG